CUCCGCGCGGCCGCCGCGCCGCUCGAGCGCCCGAUUAGAUUGCGCUAAUCGUCGCACUGAGAGGUUUUGUCUUGGGAUAUCUGGGGAUCGUAAACAGGACGGCCCGGCGGCGGCUCAGGUGGACACAGACGGUGGGCGGCGCAGGAUAAAACGGUCGCCGGCUGACAGCCAGCCGGGUGGUGAUUUGUGGCCGCAGAGAGCGUUCGUGGUGUGUUGUGACGUAUUUGUGCCGGAACUUGUCGAUAGUGAAACAGCGAGUGCAGCGGCCUAACGUGAGCUGGUUUGGUGUGUCCAUAAGAAGUUUUAUGAGUGAAGGUCGGUGCGAUAUUUCGCAAUGGCCAGCUGAUAAACAGUGAAAGAACAUCGGUGCUUUCCAAUGAGGUCUUCACUGUGAGAAAUGUGGUAGUGAACUCGUCUCCCUGAGGCUAAAACUGUGUGUUUGUGCUGGACGUUCAUCAUCAUCAACAAGAUGGCGCCAGUCUUUACGCUGGCUCUGCGGAGUAUGGACUUUGGGGACGGGCCGAUAGAGAUCGUCGACAUCCAAGGACUGGAGGCGCAGCUGGAACGCAAGGAAGCUGUCAAGGGUGAGGACGGCAAGACCACGCUCGUGCAUCAGCACACGUUCACCGUUCACUCCUUGCGAAACGCGUUCGUCGUACCAGUCAAAGACAAGUCGUUCUUCGAGAUCACGCUCAGCUUCAAGUCUGGCAGCAAACUGCGCACACUUGUAGCUGCCACCACUCUAUUGCAGAAGUGCGAGGAUACUAAACAAAACCAUGCGCAGGUGAUGCUCAAGCUCAAGCCCUCCGGCAAGCUGAACAUACGUGUAAAAGUAACAGAUGACGGUGAAGGCGACGACACACCCGAGGGCACGGAGAUCGAAACUCAGACAGCCGCUCCCGCCAGGCGCGGGGCGGUCAAACACCUCAAGGUUUACGAGGUGCGCGGCCACAAGUUCGUCGCGAAGUUCUUCCGCCAGUUCACCUUCUGUGCCUUCUGCCACAAGUUCAUGUGGGGCUUCAAGAAGCAGGGCUACCAGUGCCAGCAGUGCCAGUGCUCAGUUCACCGCGACUGCCACGGCAAAAUCCUGUCACGUUGUCCGGGCUCUGCCGCCGAGAGUGAGCAAAGCGUCAUCCUGCGAGAACGCUUCAAUAUCAACAUUCCGCACCGUAUGAAGGUGCACAGCUACCGCACGCCGACGUUCUGCGAUCAGUGUGGCACGCUACUCUACGGACUGUUUCGGCAGGGCGUGCAGUGCGAGUCGUGUGGUAUCAACUGCCACAAAAAGUGCCAGAGCUUGUUGCCGAACCUGUGUGGGGUCGAUCAAAAGCAACUGCAGGAAAUGCUAAAACAAGUCCAAGACUCGAAGCGCCCGAAGAAAGUCCCGGGCGAGCUCUCCCUGCAGCCGAUCACAGAGGGUGAAGGAACGGGUGCCAGCGAUGCACCCUCUUCACUGCAACACGAUGACACCUACUAUGCCACGUCCACCGAAUCUGAGGCCAGCGAGCAGGGCUACUGUGUCGAUGACUUCAAAAUGCUGAAGGUACUCGGCAAGGGAAGCUUCGGAAAGGUCAUGCUGGCAGAAAUGAAGAAUGUGCCGAACCAAUCAUUUGCCAUCAAAUGUCUCAAGAAAGACGUUGUCCUCGACGACGAUGAUGUUGACUGCACGCUGAUCGAGCGUAACGUGAUGGCGAUGGGCACUCGUCACCCGUUCAUUUGCCACCUCUUCUGCACUUUCCAGUCGCCGUCCCAUCUCUUCUUCGUCAUGGAGUUCCUCAAUGGUGGAGACCUCAUGUUCCACAUCCAGCUGGCGGGACGCUUCGAGCAGGACCGUGCUCGCUUCUAUGCCGCUGAAGUGCUCUGUGGUCUUCAGUUUCUCCAUUCGCACAAUAUUGUCUACCGUGACAUCAAGCUGGACAAUAUCGUGCUGGACUCGGAUGGUCACGCGCGCAUCGUGGACAUGGGUCUAUGUCGAAUGAACGUGUCUGACCAGAACCGCUGCGCCACGUUCUGUGGCACACCCGACUACCUGGCGCCCGAGAUCGUGAAGGGCAAGCGCUACGACCAGGCCGUCGACUGGUGGUCGUUCGGAAUCCUCCUUUACGAGAUGCUGAUCGGACGGUCGCCGUUCUCGGGAACGGACGAGGACGAGCUGUUCUGGUCCAUCUGCAACGAGGACGUCUACUAUCCACGCUACCUCUCAGUUCAGGCGAAAGAGCUGCUGGGAUUGCUGCUACUCCGAGACCCGGAGAAGCGACUGGGUAUGCCCGGAUGUCUGGCGGGCAGAAUCCGCGAUCAGGUCUUCUUCAAGUCGAUCAACUGGGAGAAACUGGAAAAGAAGAAGCUGCCACCGCCGGUGAAACCGAGAUUGAAGAACUCGCGCGACUGGUCAUGCUUUGACAAGACGUUCCUGCGAGAGACGCCAGCGCUCACUGUGAUGGACAAGGAAAUCAUGAAGACCAUCGACCACAACAUCUUCCGUGACUUCGCUUACGUAAACGAGGUCAUGUUCCAAGAUGUAAAGAUGGAUGGCAGGAAGAUGUCGAAGGGUGAUCCACCGAGCCGUAAGACAUCAAAACAGGCGGAUAGCGAGAAAGCGCUCAUGUUGAAGCUUCUCAAUGACAAGCGCAACCUAACGGGAAGCAAGGCCCCUCACCGAAAGAUGUCUGCGCCUACACCCCAUGGUCUUUUCCCUCCACCAGGUAGCAAGUCUUCCAGCUGCCCCGGUCGAAAGAUAUCUGUCCCGACAGACAUAUCUGCGCAAUCUAUCGACUCUGAAGCUACAGCGACCCAGGCAAGAAACAGGAAGAUCUCAGCUCCUGUUAGUGGUGUGAUGCGCAAGAUCUCCAACGUCCUCGGCCGAGGAACCGACUCUACAGAUGGCUCUGGUGGAAGAGCCAAGAGCCCGUCACCGCCAAGUCGUAGCUCGAGCCCUGCUCGCUCGCCGAGUCCCCAAGCGCGAAACCGAUCUCGCAGUCCCACGCCGACGGACGCCCACGCAGACAGCGUGCGGUCCCACGAGAGCCGCUCUCGCUCUGGGAGUCCAUUGAUGCGUGGAGCGGACUCCGGAUACCGCUCCGAUCUUAGUGCCAGCUCGCCGCGCCGCCGCUCCCCCUCGCCGAAUUCCAAGGCGAAGGACCCCUCGGCCACCAGAGGUCGGUCGAAGAGUCCGUCUCCGACGCUGGCUGACCUUCGUUCCCCCAACACACUGACAGUGAACGGACACGACGCCAGCAAGGGCUGGACGCCUGGUCGCCGCAGCCCGGAGGGGCGACAGAGGUCUCCGGCGCAGCAGGAGCCCUCCCUACGGCCACCUUCGCGGUGAUAAAAUGCAUUGUUGUGGCAUGCUAGACCUGGCCACUGGUUGUAAAGUGCUCCCGAGAAAGGCAGCACCCGAGAUGAUGCUGAUGAUGCCGGGUUUCUUCUCUCUUGCUCUCUGGCUAAACCUCGAUGUGACUGACGCGAUGUGACGAUGUGAAACGAUGGAGGGUGAUACGGCAGGGAUCAAGCUCACUAUGACUCUGCCCUGGUUGGUGGAAUGGCUGGUCCAUUUUGUGUUUACUCUCCGUUGUCCAGUUAUCACGGGCAGUGAAAUGUCCGAUGUGAAUCAACGUAUGUUGCAAUGCCAAUGCGGCAAACUCAGGUGUGAGCUGGUAGGGUUCCUUGUGUAUGAUACCUACCGCGCUGCGAAUGCAGAGACGGCGAGCGAACAUCGUCACAGAUUUAAAUGAAUCGUUCACCAUGGGGAACUUCAUUAUGUGCUGUAUGCCACUUGUGCAACGGACAAGACGUACUUAUAACAUAUCAUUGAUUGCCGAAUCAUGUUUUACUUUUGAUAUUAUUGUGAUGAGUGCCUGUUUGAUUCGUGUUAAUAAAUGUCCGCAGCAGAUUAAGAAUGGUAAAUCAGUUCUUGCAUGGUGUUCAUACCUUGCGAGUGUGUUUUCGAAAAUACAUGACUUGCACAAAG